AACACACAACUCGUUAGCACCUAAUUGUGAUAACUACCGGAGCGUGCAGUGCAAACCUAAGUCAAAACUCCACAAAGGAUAUUUUUAAAAGUCAAACAAACAAUAUACAAAAAUAAACAUGCAGUCCAUCAAAGUUUGUGUCCUGGCAGUGUGCGCUUUUGUCCUUGCGGCCUCGGUCAGUGCAGCUCCCUUGGAUGACUCGAAACAGGCCACAAUUCUUCGCUACGACAACGACAACAUUGGCACCGAUGGCUACAACUUUGGCUAUGAGACCAGCGAUGGUGUUACACGCCAGGAGCAGGCUGAGCUGAAGAACGCCGGCACCGAUCAUGAAGCUCUCAGCGUGCGGGGAUCCGUCAGCUGGGUGGCGCCCGAUGGCCAGACCUACACCCUCCACUACAUUGCCGAUGAGAAUGGCUUCCAGCCCCAGGGCGACCAUCUGCCCCACAAUUAAAAUGCUAAAUGUGGCACAUUUUGUGGCCUAAGCUUAAACAGUAUUUGUUUUUUUUUUGUAAAAUAUAUAAAUAUCCUAAUAAUAU